AUGAAAGUGGACACAGAAAAGGAGGAUGAGGUUUGGUUUCAUGUAGGGAGAAAUGACAUGAGAUUCGGACGGAUAGAGUUUGGACUCAUUACUGGCUUACCUAUGGGUAGUGCCCCUACGGAGGAGGAAAUACACGCCAAGUCCAACGACCAUCUAGUUCGGACUUAUUUUGAAGGGAAGAGUUCUGUUCAGUUGGACUCCCUUAUGAUCCAACUUCGAGAGGAGGGCAAUGUCCAAGUUUGGCCUGAGAUGUUGAAGUUUGUUAACGAUCUCGACUUCUUCUUUAAGUAUCCGUGGGGCGAGCGCGCUUUUCGUAAGCUGAUGGAGACAUUAGGAAAGAAUAUGCAACAUUACAAGGAUAAUGUUGACAAGAAGAAGGGGAAGAAGAUUGCUCAGGAGGCAAAGUACACAGUUAGUGGCUAUGUACCUGCCUUUCAGUACUGGGCAUACGAAGCAAUUGAGAAGUUGGGGAAGAAGUAUGCCCACUGCAACGGGACCAAGUUCCCCAGAAUGUUGAGCUGGAAAACACCGGAGGGCCAGCGGAAACAAGAUGUCAAGGCAACCGACAUUGCACUGUUAUUCAACAGUCGGGUAUGUUUCUUUACUGUUCUAACAUCGCAUUUUGUGGACGUUGAUGGUACACAAGAGUCUGUGUUUGAAACUCAAGCGAAGACCAUCAACGAGGCCGUGACAAAGGCAAAUUUAGUUCCACCACCACCGGCACCUGAAGUACACGAGCCAUCUACUUCAGCAGGUCCUUCUGCUCCAACCAGUACAACUGUGGACACUGACCUUGUAAAGAGGUUGGAUAGCAUUGAGGCCCGGCUGGAGAAGCUUGAGUCCCAGCAAGAAGCCGUCAUGUUGGCACAGACGGGGUUAGUAAAUAGCCAUCUCAGUAUGAGGCGGUCCUUCACAGAGAGUCAGAAAGAUCUGAAGGAGACUCUACUGGCUAAGAUGGACGAGUUGAUGGCUAUGGUAAAAGGAGCGCCCACACCUGCAGAGCCCACACCUGCACCGCAAAAUGAGGAACAACAGGCGAGUGAUAACGAAGAUGUCUUCCCAGAAGAUUGGGAAGCAGAUGAUAACGAGGCACCGUCAACUCCAUUGGACGCAAUCAUCACGGCCAUUGGGGAUACACAAUCACAGGACGAAGUCCUACUUCUACCUGCACCCCCAGAAAAUGUGCCAUUUGUGAGGAAGAGGAAGCCGCCAACGUACUUGAACGACUACACUGCGGAAAAGAAAAAGAGGCGAGUUCUUCCAGAGAACGUAGACCCGGAGAGACCAGCAGACCGUAGAUUGCUUCGUACGUUCAAGAGGUGGUUGAUUGGAGACAUUCCCAAUGCUCGACCUAGGAAUGUGCACACCGGUGUUGGCGAUGUGAAGUUCUUCACAGUUCUGUUUCUUAGGUCAGAGUGGCUUCACGAUGGGCACAUAGAUGCCAUAUCACACUUGAUGAGGAGGAGACGCCAUCAUUUUCCAGAGUUGUACCCUCAGCCAGGUGUGAUUCUGGACACAACACUUCCACAAUUCCUCAUAGGCAUUUGGAGCUGCCAUGCUGGUGACAGAAGUACGUUCGAAUGGCCAGAUGCGGUGAACCAGUACUAUCUGGGUAUGGAGAGCCGUUACAUGCCAUGUUGGAAGGAUUUGAACUUCAUAUACUUCGUCCUGUACUUCGAUCAUCAACAACAUUGGGUUGCUGUUGAGGUAGAUAUUGAUAUGUGGCAGAUUCGGGUGUACGAUAAUGAUUUAUCAUGCACCACCGAAGCACAGUUUGAUGCCAUCAUGCUACCUUGGACUGAGUUGUUUCCACAUCUGCUGAGGUCUACUGGCUAUUAUGAUCAGGUCAACAACAACAUUCUGAAUGUGGACUUAGGGGACAGUAGCCAACUGAAAGCAAUGCAUGCUAGACGCAUGCCAAGUGAGGUGGUUCCCCAAAGUAAAACAAGUGGUGAUUGCGGGGUGUAUGCACUUGAGUACAUCGAACACCUCAUGCUGAAUCGGUCCUUGGACAACAUUACAGACGAUAGCAUGAGAAUGUUCAGAGAUCGGUGGUGUGUAGACUUGUUUUAUCAGAACUUAACUUGGUAAAAUAUAAUUUAAAAGGGUUGUAAAUUUUUUGUAUUAUAGACGAUAGUUGUUUUUAGUACUGUACAGUUUUUAUAUAUGGAAAAGUGUUCAAUUUAAAAACUUUA